GCUGUGUGCUCUGGGGUGGGGGCAGCUCUGUCGCUGAGUCAUGCGAUAGGAGGGGGGGCUUUUUCAUUCUCACACACAUCCUCUCUCCUGAUGUCACAAAUCUAUUCUUCAGUGGGAGAAUUGAUUAGCAUUCAUCGGGAGUCUUUGCAGGGGAGAAAGAAAGGAAGGUUGAGAAAGCGAGACAGUGGAGGCAAAGGGGGAAACCAGUAGCCACAGAGCUAGGCUCUUUCCCGUCCGGGCUACAUUGAAACUUUAAGCACAAUCGAGGGGAAGAAUGGGUAUUUUAUAACUGGGAUCCUCGGUGACGUAUGGCUGACUGUUCCCUGGCAGAGAUCUUUAUGGACCUGUAGCAGAGUGGAAUUGAAGGCAUCUGGGAAGGGACCGUAAUCUACUGUAGAGGAGAACAGAGCCCCUCAAUCACUGGCGCUGUAAAUAAGAGACGGAGGGGACUCAGAAAGAAAGGGAAUAGUGGAGGGGGGAGACGUCUUCUUUGGGGGGGAGUGGGGUAAAAAGCAUUUUUGGUGGAUGGUAUGAAGCCAGCCAUGGAAACUGCAGCGGAGGAAAAUACAGAACAAAGCCAAGAGAAAAAAGGUUGCUUUGAAUGCUGCAUCAAGUGUCUGGGAGGAGUGCCCUAUGCUUCCCUCGUAGCCACCAUUCUCUGCUUCUCUGGAGUUGCUCUGUUUUGUGGCUGUGGACAUGUCGCCCUGGCUGGGACCAUAUCCAUUCUGGAGCAGCACUUCUCCACAAAUGCCAGUGACCAUGCCCUACUGAGCGAGGUGAUCCAGCUGAUGCAGUAUGUCAUCUACGGAAUCGCAUCCUUUUUUUUCUUGUAUGGGAUCAUUCUGUUGGCAGAAGGCUUUUAUACCACAAGUGCAGUGAAAGAGCUACAUGGAGAGUUUAAAACAACAGCCUGUGGCCGGUGCAUCAGUGGCAUGUUUGUUUUCCUCACCUAUGUGCUUGGAUUGGCCUGGCUUGGGGUCUUUGGCUUCUCGGCCGUACCUGUCUUUAUGUUCUAUAACAUAUGGUCAACUUGUGAAGUCAUCAAAUCCCCCCAGACAAAUUCGACAUCAUCGGGGAGCCAGAUCUGUGUGGAUAUCAGGCAAUAUGGUAUCAUCCCUUGGAAUGCCUUGCCAGGCAGGGCAUGUGGCUCAACCCUAGAAAGCAUCUGCAACACGAAUGAGUUCUAUAUGUCCUAUCACUUGUUCAUCGUAGCCUGUGCUGGAGCUGGUGCCACUGUGAUCGCAUUGAUCCACUUCCUCAUGAUACUGUCUUCUAACUGGGCUUACUUAAAGGAUGCAAGCAAAAUGCAGGCCUACCAGGAUAUCAAAGCAAAAGAAGAACAGGAACUUCAGGAUAUCCAGUCCCGGUCAAAAGAACAGCUCAAUUCUUACACAUAAAUGUUUGCCAGAGUAAUUCAGCAGAAGAAUUUAUAGCUCUGACAAAUCAUCAAACGGCUGCUCUGCAGUGCAGAUGUAUAUCCACCAAACAAACUAAUAUAGGAGUACAAAAACUUCACUGUCAAGCUCCUGGGACUUGUUUCUAGGAAAACCUUCCACUGGGUAAAUCUUUCUUCCUUUAGAACAGAUAUUGGAGGUUUCAUGUCAGCCAUUUUAAAAGGCAACACUUUUGACACAAUGAUUGUUUACCCUUUGAGAUUAAUGGCAUUCCCACAUUUCACUUUGCCUCUGUUGGUAUGGUCACAGUUGGUAUGGGAAUCAGUCUUGCUCUUUAGUAGGCGCUCUCAACUUUCCAGCAUUAGGAAUUUUAUCUAUAUACAUAUAAAUGCCAACAGUUACCUACCAAGUUCCAUUUCUGACAGCUGACAUUUGUUAAAGUUUGGCUCUUGUAAGUUUUUCAUAUGGUGACUAAAUUUAUUUUUUCCUCCUAAUGAGCUGGCUUUCUGAUUUGUCCAAGGACAGGAUGACAUUAAUUCCCUGAGCCAGUCAGCGGGCAGCUAUUCAGAAAAGCCUCAAUGAGCCACUAUAAUUCUGCCGUACUUACUGCUGGAACAAACUAGAUUUUCAUCCAUGGGCAAGCCCUAUAGAAUUUGUUUUAUACAUCAUUCAGUUUUAACAAAAACGGUGUGACUCAGUAAUGGUUUUUUUUUUCUUCCUAAAUGCCAGCUUUGCCUUAAUGUAAACUUCUUCUAAAUUUCUAAAAAAUUUAUAUAAGAGAAGACUAUGACUUCUUCAUGGUACUUCAUUUCACAAAUUUCUUUUCUUAAUUAAGAAGUGUUACCUUAUUAAAAUGACCACCAUCAAAAAAAAAUUCGUAGAUGGUCUAGAUAGCGAAUUUGAAGUUUCAUACCAGCAAUCUAAAAUCAAAUUACAAGUAGACCACAGACCUCCUGCUUUUCUAGAACUUGAUACCUAAAUCAGAAUUUGUAUUUAUUUUGUUUUCCUUAAACAAAUCUUAGUUAUGGCCCAAAAGUAAUGAAGUUCGAUGUUCAGCAUGAAAGCUGCUAGAGUUUAAGCCAUUUAACAGAAACUUGCCUUCAAAAUCAUUGUGUUUCAGAAACAUUAAGUGAUUAUUGGAUAUUAGUGAUGGUAAAUUUUGUGUUGUUCUUUAUGAAAUGAUAAAUAUAGCUGUUGGGUAUAUCAAGGCUUUUUAAAAGAAGCUACAUAACAUAAAGUUAACCACUGUAUAUUCAUGUUUAAAGUUAACUUGUGGUUUGACUGUUUCCUGGAUAUUAAAACACAUACCUAUGUGAAAAUGUAUAAAAAUGAAAGGAAGCAUACAUUACUUAGAAGCUAUUAAAACUGAUCUUUUACUACAUUUCAUUUGGAUCAUUAAAUUUAAUUAAAUGCCUAAAAUGCUUAAUUUAACCCUUUUUACAUUGGGGGAGGCUCUCUUCUAUGUAGAGCAAGUGACAGAAUAAUUUUGUGUUUGUUUUCCUGUUGCAUGAAGGAGACUUAAAUAUUUUUCACAGCAGCACAGGUGCUGUCCUAUAGUCCAGUGUUCUCAUAGAAGAGUAAUGGAGGCAGUGUCUUAAAGCCUAAUUCUUUUUCUAAUUCUAGGUAGCUAUUACCAGGAGUUUUUGAAAGUUUCAUUUUAAGUAGUCUAAUAUUUUUUAUGUAAAGAUCAUUAAAUUUUGCUAUGUAUAAAUUUUUGUAACCUAACAGUGAAUCAAUAUUUUCUAUCAGUGCCAAGGGCUUCCUGUAGUUAUAUUCAAGUGUUACAAUAAAUAUUUGUAGAUAAUAGAGCCAA